AUGUCAGGGCCUACCAAGGAACGACCUGACAAGCCACAGUUGAUCGUGGGCAUUGACUUUGGCCUGACUGGUAGGGACAAUGACUCUUCUGGCGACCCGUUUGCGGACAGCAAUGCAAUUUGCGAUGAAAAGGAAGGCGAAGAUCAUUUGGGCAGCCAGGCUGAGUCGGACGAGAACGUGGGCGAGGUAUUCCGUUCCGACACGAAGACAAUGACUUUUCACAGAGCCAAAGCGUGCCUCACGGAGUAUCUAGAGGGUUUGUACGCGCACAUCAAGAAGGAGUUGUCCAUGGAACUGCCGAGAGGGACUGACUGGCACUUGAUACGCGCUUGGUUUCUCUUCAGCUAUCCGACGACUUGGAGCGCUACCUCGAUUGAAAGAUUCAGAAAUAUUGUCGAAUCCUCCGGUUUCGGACACGAGAAGUAUCAUUGGGUCAAUGCCUCAUAUAUGGACGAGGCUCAGGCCGCGAUGGCUUCUUUCUGCACGGGCACCGAUGGUUCCAGACCAACUCCUGGAAAGAUCAUUCUUAUCGCCGACAUUGGUGGAGGAACCACCGAUGUGAAUAAGUACCUUGUUGAGGAGGAUGACGGGAAGCGGGUGAAGCUGAGAGUCGAGACCGAUCCUUCCGGCCGAAACUAUGGCUCGGUGCAUGUCGACUACAGAGUCACGAAAAAUCUCCGCAAACAGAUUCUGAUAACUUUGUCCAGCUCAGAUAACCCUUCUCUCAGAAACAUAAGCCCCGACAAGAAGGAAUCUGUAGCCGAGGAACAGGCAGGGUCAAUUCUCGGUCGCAAAGACUACAUGCAUACCAAGCAUGGUAUCGAUGGCGAUUCGCCCCUACAUCAAGAGGAGCGUUACCCUCUUUCUCUUACACGUUCCACGGAUCCCGUUGCAACUCUGCGUUUUCAAAUGCAUGGCACCCUGAAAAGGGAAUUCAAGAAAGAGUGCCAAAGGAUUUGGGAUCAAAUCGAGGAACAUGCAGAGACUCGCCCGGAAGGAAGCGUGGACCAGCUGGUGCUCACGGGAGGAAUGACCAGAAACGUUUUUGUGCGGGACUGGUUCAAGGGUAAAGUCAGAGACUCGCAGAAAACCUUCAAACCCAUCAGAGACAUCAUAUUUCUAAAGGAGCCAGAAACUACAAUCAGUAAAGGAAUGGUCCACGACGCCCUCGAAUCGUACAAGAGAGACGGUCUCUGGUUAUAUAAGUCUCUUCAUUCCUAUGGUAUCGUGGCCUACAACUCGGAAGGGCAAGUCGAAACUAAGCGAAAGUUCUUGGCGAAGGGCCAAGUGAUUGAUCCCAAGAAAUUCAAGGAGAAGCAGACGGUUAGGUUCAAGCUGGCUCACCAAGUCGGUGCUGAUUUGCGGUUGGCUCGAUGGGACAAUGAAGACGGCGAUGACAGCAUUACAACAGUCGGCUCUCUUACUGCGGACCUGCCUCCUCCGACGGAAUGGGAUGUAAGUUUCCUGACGAGUGGAUAUUGCAUCAUCAUCGGUGUUGAUAUUGUCCCUCGAGUAGGCGGUGGUACUGCUGCAGGCAUCUCCACUCGCGAUGCUUCCCAUGCGACUGCUCAAGAAAUCAACGGCAAUGACGGUGUCGGAGAGGGCGGUGGACAAUUUGACAGCUUCGAGGAAGCAUAA